AGUCAAACAAAUGUCAAUUGAUGUCAAUUUAUUAUAAUUUGGUGCGUGCGUGCGGCAAAAGUAUUAAAAUUUUAAUUAUAAAAAGUAAUGAAAAGUUGGUAGGUGGGCCGUUAUAUCCCAGAUCUAGCCAUAAACAUUGUAGGAACAGCCACGGUGCGGUGAUUACCGGCACGGAGGUAUCUGACGUUUACGGACUCGGAAGAUGAUGGCGAAAAUCACGACAAGGAACUCCACAGGCGAACCGGAGCGCACACCAGGAGCGUCGGACGGCGGCACGGCGGAAGGCGGCUUCCGGGUGCGCGUGAACCUGGAGCGGUUCUUCAGCGACGAGCGCGCGCGGGUGCUGCUGAGCGUGCGCGGCGCGCGGCGCGUGCGCUGGCUGGCGCGGCGCCUGCGCCGGCUGUUCCCGCUGCCGCGCCGCCUGGCGCUGCUGUCGCGCGGACACCUGCUGCCGCCCGACGAGCCGCUGGCGCUGCUGCAGCACGACGACCCCGUCGAGGUCAUUCUGGAAACUGCUGAAUCAAAUGAAGACACAACUUCAGCCCUCUAUGAAACUAUAAACAAUGGGGAAUUUGAAGCAUCACCAGUUCAACCUGACCACAAAAAAAGAAAAAUACAGGAAGAUCUUAAUUUAGAUAAUCAUUCAGCUGUAACAUGCGGCACGGACUCGUCAGAACCUGUGGCACCGGCCCCGGGGGCCACGAAGGACGCCCAGGCGACGGUCCCGGUGCCCCCCUGGGGGCCCAACGGGCUGUGCGAGCGAACCGCCGCGCCGCUCGUGUCGCGCGUCGUCGCCUGCUCUGAAUCCGAUGAGAGCGUUUCUCAAUCGCAGGAGAAUCGUGAGCCCACCCAGGACAUACCAUCGGAUGGCGAACGAUUGAAAACGUUAAAAGUGCAAGCCCUGGCCAUUCUCGACGAAAUCUCGUCGCGGCCGCGCAAGAGACCACGCGUCCGCCGUCGCCGGAGACGCCCCGCGCCGCCUUCUCCGAUCGUCAACGUCGAGGUUGAUGUCCUCGCAGCGGCCGCCGAGUCGCCGCCUGCAGCGGACGCGGCGGGCGCGGCGGGCGCGGGGGACGCGGCGGGCGAGCUCGUGCUGCGCAACCCCUGCGCCGCGCCGCGCUCGCCGCGCCUGGUGCGCUCGCUGCUCGACGCUGCGUCUGACUGACUUCUCGCGAUCUCAAUCCUCAAGCCAAAGAUAUUUAAAACGGCGCAUACGAGACUGCUUUAUGUUAAGAAAAGACUAUUCAUUCGUUUAGGAUUGGCGAAUGAAACAUUGUGUUGCUCUUGUAAAGGUGAGUAUAGACUGGAGCGUUUCUAUGUAAUGUGACGUUCUUACGAAUGGUACGAUACAAGUUAAAACUCGGUUUCUAUUAACGGAAAUUUUGACAUUUAAUUUUUGAAGUGAAGUGACGCGGUUCCGGAAUCCGAUUUGUUGAUAUUUAUUUGAUUAGCUUUCAACAAUUUUCCAAGUUCUUGCAGUUAAUUUAUUCACUCACAUCGUAAUCAGUGCUGAACCUGCCGUCCUGUUGCUGUCCAAUGUCUCCCGUGUAGUUAAAAAUCUAUAAUCAUGGCAUCAAGUAAAUGCUCUAGUCUAUACUGACCUUAAAGUAGUGAUAUUUUCAACAAAUACGUAUUAUGUUACAGUCAA